AUGAGUGACUUCAGUCAGCUGUACCAACAGGGGCUGUACCUCUCGCCGGACCAACAGGACCUCCUGCUGGCUGCUCUCUCUUCCAACAACCCUGCCCCAAAGCAGCAGUCCCACCUCCAUCAAACGCCUUCGGUUAAGCCCAUCCACAGCCCCGACCGGUCAUCUUCUCAUGGUGCCAGUGCCCCGCCCUCUGGAGGAUUCGACAGCGCUCAGCUGAGUGCACUGGGAUUUGCGGAAGAUGAGAGCCCGUUUCUUGAUUUCAAUCCUGAACUAGACUUUGAGUUCCCGGACUCGGCAAACCUCAUCGGCGACCUUCCUGGUGCCGCGACGUCGAAUGAAUAUGACAUUGGCGAGAAGCGCAAGUCUAUGGAUGGCAAAUCUGAAGUUGACGGUGAUGAAAAUGGCAAGAAACGACGAGAGAGCGAGGCAAAGAAGCCUGGUCGGAAGCCACUCACCUCAGAACCAACCACGAAACGCAAAGCUCAGAAUCGGGCUGCUCAACGUGCAUUCCGUGAGCGUAAAGAAAAACAUCUGAAAGAUUUGGAAACCAAAGUGGAGGAAUUACAGAAGACGUCCGACAACGCCAAUCAGGAGAAUGGUCUACUUCGUGCUCAGGUGGAAAGAUUGCAAGUUGAACUACGAGAGUAUCGCAAGCGUCUCUCCUGGAUGACGAGCAGCAAUGGCCUCUCAGCCAUGAGUGCGAUUCCCAGCGCUCAUUCUCAAGGGGCAUAUGGUCUGCAAAACAGUGAAUUCCUCUUCGACUUCCCCAAGUUCGGUGAUCUUCCAGGGUCACACCUGUUCAACGGCCAGUCGAACAAGAAUGAUCAGACUCAGAACAGGAACCAACCCUCUCGUGCUCCGGGGGUGCUAGCCCGUGAUGCACUGGGAGGUAUAUCGGCCGCUCCGACGGUCAAGUCCACUACAAACACCGAUACCACCGGACCUGGAAGCGUGAACUCUUACUAUGCGGGCUCCGCCGGCACCACUCCCAGCAGUGUGCACUCAAGCAGAACUACAUACAAUAGUUACAAGACAGCUUCGGCAUCACACCGGGAAGCCUCGACCUCGGACUCUCCUUCCUCUUCCUCGGACUCACAUCAAAGUCAGCUGCUCUCGUCGAACGGCACCUCACCUGAGCCGAGCUUGAGCUCUCCACUCCAAACAAAACCUAGUGACAACAUCAACGCAUGUGAGAUCCAUGGCUCCAAUGGUGAGGAAUCCUUCUGCGCCAAGCUCGGCAUGGCCUGCGGCAACAUCAAUAACCCUAUUCCAGCUGCGCGGGAUGAGUCCAAGCCCAAAAGUGUAUCAAGCGACCAGUCUGAAACUGCUCCGGCUCAGGACCAGGUUGCAUUCGACUGGCUGGCCCACCAGAAUGGCGGUCAGUUUGACCCCGUUCUCUUCGGAGACUGGCGAGAGCCCCAGGACGCUGUAUUGUCUCAGGACUUUGGGUCGUUCUUCAACGACGCUUUCCCAUUGCCUGAUCUUGGAAGCCCCUCCCACAACAUUACCGAAGUGUCCACUCAACCAAAUCAGCAACCUCCAAAGAAGGACCUGAUUGCUCAAAUUGAUAGCAAGCUAGAGGAGGAAGUUGUUCCUGGAGAGGACAAGACUCAAAUGCUGACCUGUACGAAGAUCUGGGACCGUCUCCAAUCCAUGGAGAAAUUCAGGAAUGGCGAGAUCGACGUCGACAACCUUUGUUCGGAACUGCGCACUAAAGCUCGCUGUUCUGAGGGGGGCGUCGUUGUCAACCAGCGCGACGUGGACGACAUUAUGGGUCGUGCUAAAUAA